AUGGCUCUUAAGCUUGAUCUUUCUAAGGCUUUUGAUAGAUUAGAAUUGAGCUUUCUUCUUAAUAUUAUGAAAAAAUCUGGUUUCUGUGAUUCCUUUUAUAACCUCAUUAAUCAAUGUCUAUCUACCACUUGUAUGAAUAUCCUUCUAAAUGGUUCUCCUUGUAAGAAUUAUCAUCUUUCUAGAGGUUUAAGACAAGAAGAUCCCUUGUCUCCUUACCUUUUUUUAUCAUUGUUAUGGAAUAUCUUUCUAGAUGUUUUCUUAUUGCUGAAUCUAAUAAGGUUAUUUGUGGUAUUAAGGCUUCCAGAAGAGCUCAUUCUAUCUAUCACUUACAGUCAGCUGCUCAAUUGUCAAAAAUCUAGUGUUUAUUUUAGCAAUAACAUGAAUCCCAUUGACUGUGAUGCUUUAGCUAGUGCUUUGAAUAUGAACAGAGUCUCUAAAUAUGAUACUUACUUAGGAGAUCCUCUUCUUCUUGGUAGAAACAAAGGUAAAGCUUUCAGUCCCAUUGCUCAGUUCUGUGAGGCUAGAUUAAAUAAUUGGUCAAAUUGCCCCUAUGCCAGAUCAGCUUGGCUAGGAAUUAGUAUCAAUGUUUCUAAUGUUCUAAAUGACCAUACUGGUAUCUUACAUUGGAUCAUAAGUUGGUUUUCUGCAGGGGAGUGCACUGGAGUCAAAGGAAAACCAGUUGAGACAAGCCUAAUUUUGGAUCAUGAGGCUGAGCAGAUGGAAUGUAUUUCAAUGAAAUAUGCAGUGGAAUGGGCUACUUCAUUGAAGUUGGAAAGAGUUAUUUUUGAGUCAGACAAUGAGCUACUAAUCAAAUCUAUCAAGGACAAUACACCUUAUGUUCAUUGGAUUAAUCAUUCUUACAUUUUAGACAUUCAGUCUUUCUUUCAUAAUAACCCUAACUGGUUUUGUUAUUCAGUUCUUAAAGAUAAAAAUAGUGUAGCAUAUGGUAUUGCCAAGAAAACCACAACUAGUAACUCUAUUUUUGGAGCUUUAUGA